AUUAAUUAUGCAGCAAAUAAUACGAGCGAAUUGGCUGCGAGAUUUAUGGGGUUUUUUUCUAUUUAAUCUCUGUUAUAUUUUUUUCAGGAACUAUGCCUUUGAGGUUCUGAAGUGUACCACAUUGCAAAUACAAUUUUACGGAAAGAAAAUUAAUAAUUAUGAAUGCAUGGACCAGUUUGAGAAUCUAUCCCUGCACACGCAAAAGGGGAUAGAAUUUCUCGAAAGGUAUGGCCACUUCAUUCGAGAUCGAUGCGCCAUCGAAGUGGAAUACGCUGCAAAACUCAGACGUCUUGUGAAGAGCUAUCAACCUAAGAAGAAAGAGGAGGAGGAUUAUCAGUACAGUCCUUGUCGGGCGUUCAAGAUGGAGCUGAACGAGGUGAACGAUCAGGCGGGACAGAGGGAAGUGAUCGCGGAGAAUCUGCAAGCGAACGUGUUAAGGGAAUUGAAUAUUCUCGUGAAAGAUUUCAAAGAGGAUCGUAAGAAGCAUCUUCAAGAGGGUGCCAGAUUAAUGGCCACCUUGACCGGUCAAAUUGGGAAUCUGGAACGAGCCAGGAAGGCGUACGAGAAGGCAUUCCGUGAGGCGGAAAGAGCGGUCGAGAAUUAUCAGAGGGCAGACGCUGAUCUACAUCUUUCCAGAGCAGAAGUAGAGAAGCAGAGGAUGAACAUGACUUUAAAGACUCAGCAAAGCGAAGAGGCCAAGACCGAGUACGCGAACCAGUUACAGAAAACAAACGAUAUGCAAACACAGCAUUACCACACGGCCAUGCCAGAAGUAUUUCAACACCUUCAGGAACUUGACGAGAAGAGAAUAAAGAAUAUGCGAAACUACAUGUUAAAAUCUGUCGAGAUAGAACGAGCAGUGGCACCGAUAAUUGCUCAAUGUUUAGACGGUAUCGAGAAAGCAGCGAACGAGAUCAACGAAAAGGAAGACACAUUAUUGGUGAUCGAACGUUACAAGAGCGGUUUCCAACCUCCAGGAGAUUUCCCGUUCGAAGAUCUAUCCGUGGCUAAAACGUACGAUAGCAAUAGUCAGUUAUCGCAACCAGUGAUGCAGCCUAUACACAAUCACCUUACGGUAAAGGGCACCGUUUCCGGCGGUAAAAUUAAGAAGAGGGUCGGUCUUUUCGGCAUAUUCAGUAGCAAUAAGAAGUUGAUCGAGGUGUGCAUAGCUUUAAAGAACAACGUGCCCGGAUACGGUGACGGUGCGAAGGAGGAUUGUAGCGACCUGCCUCCGAAUCAACGGAAGAAAAGACUUCAACAAAGGCUAGAUGAAAUUCAAGCAAAGAUUCAACAAGAAACUGCAGCGAGGGACGGUUUGAUGAAGAUGAAGGGUGUAUACGAACAAAAUCCUGCUUUAGGCGAUCCAAUGAGUAUAGAAGGGCAACUGAAUCAAUCGAGCAACAAGCUGGAUAAACUCGGAGCAGAGUUGGCAAAGUUUCAAGGAUAUCUCGAGGAAGCAAUGCGCGCUGGCGUCAGCCUGUCCAGUCCCAGUCAAGCUCCACGAAAACCUACCAGCAAUGGUUCUGCAACGAGACCGCUCAGUUCAAGAAGAUCCAGUCAUUCGGGAGGCGAGGAGAGCCUUUCAAGAUCAGCAUCUGAUUCGAGCGUUAGCAACACGAACGCGAACCAAUCGAUGCAUAAGAAAAGUGCUCCCGGUACGCCGCAACCUACGCAUGGUUCCACGAAUAGCCCGGAAUCUGGCCUUGGAGAAUCGAGGACAUCUCUUCCUGGUAGCGGCGGUGAAGAGUAUUAUGUCGAUGAAAUUGAUGCUCAACCACCAUUGGGAACGUGUAGGGCGCUUUAUCCUUUCGAUGCUACCAGCGAAGGUUCCAUACCGAUGUACGACGGUGAAGAGUUGUACAUGAUCGAAUUAGAUCAAGGGGACGGUUGGACGCGUGUCCGUCGUAUAUCUCAACCAAUCGAGGGCUUUGUACCUACCUCUUAUAUCGAGUGUCACCUAUAUAACACUUAGCCACUUUUCUUGAAACGUUAAACAGGAAGACGAAGUGAAGUUUAAACAAGCUUAUUAAAACGCUAUCGGUUCAAUAAUACACGGUUAGUUUAUUGAUAACCGUGAUAAAGAAUAAGGAAUAGCGAUUACGAGAUUCUUUUUAUACAAUCGACGAGGAGGAGAGCUUAUGUGUGCGUGCCUGUCUGUAUCUGUGUAUGUGUGUGCGUUGGUUGAUCGGCUGGCACACAGGAUUCCAGAAUUACUGCCUGCUCACAAGUGAUGGGCCUAAAUGUUAACGAACGAUUUCGUAUUAAUGAAAAUCGACGACUACGUGCCAAUGUUUCGACCUUUUCCGAAAGAGCGUAAUUACUUGUCAGAAAUUUAGUCAAUUAUUACCCAGCACACGUCUCCUCUCCUUUUUCAAUCAGCUUAUCGAACAAGGAAAGAAGAAAAUGGAAACUAGUUUUGUCUUGCAGAUCUAGCUCCGUUCAAAGAAUGGAAAAUCUUAAACUCACUUAAUUACUAAAUAGGACAUUAAGAUCGUACAAUUAUUUAGAACGAUAUUGUUGCAUCUAAUCAUUAAAAAAAGAAAUUUGUUCGUACAGAUUCAGCUGUACGAUACAAGUUUUUCAAAGAAAACGAUAAAAUGCACCCUGAUCACUUCUGUAAAUGUGCCUCUAUAAACGUGAACGUGCACAAGCGAACGAGUUAAAAACUCUAUUGAUGAAAGUAAAUACUUUCCCAUGAACGUAAUACGUGCCCAGCCUAUACACGUCACGGAUGAAUAUUGUGAUUGUUGUAACUGCACGAGGUUUGUGUAUUAUUUUUCCCUUAUUUUCUUUCGAUCGACUCGAUUGUAAAGUAGGCAACUCUAAUUCGCGUUAUCUUUGCCGAGGAUCAAGAAACUGACCAAUCCUAGUGUUAAUUUUUUUUUUUUUUUUUUUU